AUUCGUGAUGCUGCCAAUCAUUUUCCCGUGAUAUCAAAGUGCUUGAAUAUCACAUUAAGAUUCUCAGCAUGAUGUGGAGUUUCUUCAUCAUUUAAAGGCAUCAGUUCCCAACAUGUGGAAUCGUUCAAGACGCUGGGAAAUGACAUGAAGAUAUAUUCCCGAGGCAAAACCAUGCCAAUGGCCAUGACCUCCAACCUGCGCCUCAGCACAAUUCUCAAACCUCCAUAUCCGCCGCCCCGCCUCCCAUCAAAGGCUGUUCGGGCCAUGGCCACGCCACGAUUCCACGAAGUCAUGAAUCCGCCCUGAAGUUGAGAAUCUGCAGUUGAGCACUGAGCAAAGACAUCGUCCCCUGAAAAAGGCACCGCAGCCACGGCCCAGCGACUCCCAGCACCCACGGGCAUGCGAGGGAUGUCGAAAAGAUCUCGUAUCCGCCCGGGAAAACCGCGUCGUGGACCCCACCGUCCCCUGCAACAUCGUGAGCUCAAUCAUGGGUCUAAAGCCGUGCAUUACAUCUUCGCAUCGAAAUAGAAGCACUUCACCAAAUGAAUUCCAACACUAUUGAUUAUUGCGAUGACCAACGACACCCGAUCUUCCAUCCAACGAAGAUCUCCAAUCUACAACGUAAAACGAUGAACCGGAAGACAUCAUCCCAUCGCAUCGCCAACACGCCUUUACCAUCGACCACCCAAUCAGCCCACAGCAGCGCAGCGCAGAGACGCUUUGAUGCUACCCCACAGACACCAAAGAGGAGAUGAACGACAUGAAAAGGCUAAGGGCAAAUUUUACUUUUUUGGUUUGCACGCAGGCACGCAGGCACGCCCUCCAGAUCCGUCCGCCAGGUCCGUCCCAAAGAGCAAUGAUCAAUUCCCCAAGCUUCAACUGGUCCCCGACCCAGGGGGUAAGUUUGUACCAAGUAGGUAGCCUAUGCUAUUAUGCCCAAAGCGUAGCGAGACGGCGGUGCUCAAAAGGUGGUUGGAUCUUUCUCGUCUUCUCCUGCGUCCUUUCCGUUUCUCUCCCUCUCUCUCUUGUCCUCGUUCGUGCCUCACCGACGUUGCUGCUCACCUGAACUCGUCCGUCCCUUCCUUUGCUCCGUUUCCCUUCUAUCGAGGCUUUCUACCUUCUAGCCACUCAUCGCCGGUCGCCAAUUCUUGUAUAUACCCGUCAAAUACCGUACAGCCAACCAUCCAACCAUCUAUUCAUCACUCUCCUUUACGCUCCGUAUACAUACAUUAAACCACACAAUUAAAACCACACAAAUAUAUACAUAACAUCCAUCCUCCGAAUACCCCAAUCCACUCCCUACCAACCAAACCAACCACCACCCACCCAUCAAAAUGUUCCACAACACCCACCUCACCCGCGAGCGACACAACGCCAUCAUCUUCCAAUACCCCCCACCACGAACCCCCCGCCGCAUGGCCUCCAACUACUCCCUCUCCAGCGCCUCGAGUCCCACCAACAGCGCUCUCUCCUCGCCCUCAACAUCCGCACCCAUGUCCUCGCUCUCCGUCCCCUCGCCCACCACUUCCACCCCAACCACUGCCAAAGAAGCACCGCAGAAAUCAGGAUACCUCGCGGAUCUGAUGGCCGAGGACUUGAGGAAGAAACCGUCCAGUGAGAAGCUGUAUGGGCGAAAUGCGAGCCAGGAACGUUUUGGGGGGAGUGUGCAUGGGAUUGGGAAGAGGUUUGAGGCUGCUGAGGUAUGUUGAUUUUUUUGAUACUGAGAGGAAGGGAUGCUAUCCACUUGAAACUGUGAUCUCCGCUUGCGAGAAGAACCAUUGUGAAGCAGGUAUUUUUCAUGGAAGGAACACAUGCUAACAUGUUCUGCUUUCCAGUCGGCACUCAAAGAAAAACGUUCGUUCAACAACCUAAAGUAA